UGCUUUCAAAGUUUGUGGCUUUAGUUAAGUACAGCAACAGGACCACAUGGAGGGACACAUGGGAGAUAUAGCCCUUUCCCUUCCUGUGGUAGAGGUGCCUUUUUAACUCAUUUGCAGCUUGCACAUCAGUCUUACUUUUUUCAAUUAUUUGCCCUAGCAGAAGUAUUUCACUGUGUCCUGCUGGUCACCCCAGCCUCUUGCUGGUCAGGGCACAAUGGAUCCUAAAAGUGUUGGUGAUCUUCAGGCCUUGCUCAAUCAGUACAAACAGGAUCCAACACUUUUGAGAGCAAAACAACUGAGUUUCUUAAGAGAUUCAUUGGAGAGCAUGGGGGACACCAUCUCAGGGUUUCAGAGAAUUGAAACUUUUCCUUUGAGACUUGGCAAAGAUGAAGGGAAGCCACCAGAUCAAGCAACAAGUGAGGAGAGUGAUUUAGAAAUUGAUGAGGAUGGAGUAAUUAAACCAGAUGAAGAUGACCCACAGGAAAUGGGAGAUGAAAGCAUAGGAGUGACAAAUGAUAUGAAAAGCAAUGCUGACCAAAAGAAAGAAGAAGCCUGUGCUGCUUUAGAGGCAGGAGAACUGCAGAAAGCAAUUAACUUGUAUACAGAGGCUAUCAAAUUGAAUCCUCAGUCCUCGCUCUUGUAUGCCAACCGAGCCAGUGUCUUUGUCAAAAUGCAGAAGCCCAAUGCUGCCAUUAGAGACUGCAACAAAGCUGCAGAGCUCCACCCUGAUGGUGCACAGGCCUAUAAGUGGAGAGGGAAGGCACAUAUGCUUUUGGGCCACUGGGAGGAAGCUGCUGAAGACCUUGCUCUGGCCUGCAUAUGGGAUUAUGAUGAAGACACCAAUACCUUGCUAAAGGAAGUACAACCCAGGGCUCUGAAGAUGAUUGAACAUCACACCAAAUAUAAAAGAAAGCGCACACUUAAGAAGAUUCAGAAGAUCCAAGAUACUCUAAAUUGGAUCAAAAAUAUCCUGGAAGAACAGGAUAAGGCACAAAGGGAGGAAAAUACCUGGCAAUGGAUGACUCGGAUCUGGCGAAGGUACUUAGACUUUUUCAUGGCCAUUAUGGAUCCAAGGAUUAUUCUGGCCUGGCUGGAUGUGACCUGGAACCCAGAUAAUAUCUCCAAAUACCGAGACAACCACAAGUUUAUGAAGUUCAUUGGUCAGGUUGAUUGAAUGUUCAGACCAGCCAUAAAUGAGCCUUUCAUUAAAUUAAAAUUGUAGUGUGUGGCAUCAUAAGAUGUUUCUUUUGCUUGACUAUGGGUUGAGCGAGUGUGCUUAUUUAAGAUCUAAAUACAUUAAGAGAAUACUUUUUA